GACAAGUGCCAAACUGCAUGUGGAGCCUUUGCUGCAGUAAACAUUCACAUUCACAUGAUGUGUCAUAAUUACUCACAUUGAAAACAAUUAGAAAACUUCCCUCUGGAACAAAGAGGGGGGGUUGUUAUUGUUUUCCCCCUUUUCAUUAUUUCUUCAUUAGAAAUGAGCAAUUUGGGAAGCAGCAGUGAAACUUAACAUAAGCUUAAACAUUAAUCUGAUUCAAACAGCUCCAUGUCUGAGCAGCGCAGAGCUGCAGUAAGAAUCCUGCGAUUAUAACGCACAUGUGAAUUUUUUCCCCUCUGCGUAAUUUCGGCUCUCUCUCUCUUUUUUUUUCUCUUCACCGUGUAAGUGCAUAGUCGUCCAUCCUCUCUCCCCCCUCCUCUCCUCCUCCUGUCUUCUUCCCAGACUUUUUCCCUUUUUCUUUCUUUCUUUCUUUUCUUUUUUUUCCUCCCGUGUAGGCUAAAAUACAAGGGCCGGCGCUGCAAUUUUGGGAAUCUGCCCCCCCUCUGUAUAUGGCGGACGAAAUUUCCACGGGAGGAAACCGCGACACGAAUCCCACCGUGCAAGGCAGAAACACGGGGAGAGAGAGAGCUCUGCACGGAGCGAGAGAAAAAAGCUCGGCAAAUUUACGAUUCAUUACGCCAUUACUCUUUCUAAAAAUGUAACGUAGCGUGUCGCGGAGGGGGGGCGAGGAGAGAAGAGAAAAAAAAAAAAAAGAAAAAGGGGGGGUGGGGGGGGGGAGAGAGAAAAAAUUGUAACAUUUGGGAAUUUCUUCAUAACUAAUUCACAAUUUUUCUGAGGAAGCAGUUGUGCAGUCACCUCUGGUCGGGGAGGGAAGAUUUCUGGAGCGGCAGCCUGUUUCGCAUGAGCUGCAUCGUUUUUUGGAGAAGCACAGGCUCAGAGGAGGUGGAGUCAUGAGCGCACAAGAGGGACCCAAUCCUGGGAAGGAGCAGGCGGACAGUGGGAGUGCACCCGCAGAUGGCCCCUCACCAACCUUAGCCCCAAAGUCCAAUAGUACUACUCCACCACCUGUCACAAUAAAGAAAGAGCCUGGGACCUCGGAGACGAGUAACGGAAAAGUGGGUGAUGCCAACCCUGCUGAGAUCUGUGUUGUCAUUGGAGGAAAUGAUGGAGGAACAAGUGGAGGUGGAUCCCGUAGAGCUCAGACCGAGGGUUCCUAUGUAUGUGGGGUUUGUGGGAAGAAAUACAAGUAUUAUAACUGCUUUCAGACACACGUCAGGGCACACAGAGAAUCAGAGAGCAUGGUUGGAGACGGUCUGCCACCAACACCCAACAAUAGCUUCCGUUACUCCUGUGACAUCUGUGGCAAGAAGUAUAAAUACUACAGCUGCUUCCAGGAGCACCGUGACCUGCAUGCAGUUGAUGAUCCAUAUGAACAGGUAGUGUUACCUGUGGAUGGCCUUAAAGAGGAGGAGCCAGUUGAACCCUACCAGAAAAUUGGACCAAGGGAAAAAGCACUCGCCCACCUCCGCAGAGACCGCGGGUUCAACCGACGGCAGCGGGUGUCCCUUCAAACACAAUUGGCAGUGUUCGCAGAAACUGGGAGCUAUGUUUGUGAGUUCUGUGGGAAGCAGUACAAGUAUUUCAACCCAUACCAGGAACAUGUCGCUCUUCACACACCAAUGGGCUCCUUUGAUAUGAAGGCAUCACGGGUACAGGAAUGUGGUAGCAUGGAUAUGACUAAAUUUGGCCACAGCCAGGCUGGUAAGAUCAAAAGCAGUCCUUUCAGGCGGAAACUGGAAAGUGCAAUUCAGUCUAGUCUGGUUGACACAAACAGCUCACAAAAUUCAAGCGGAACUCCGAGCCCUCUGGUGGCCACCUCCUUCUCUACAACCCAGAAACCCUACACUUGUGGUGCCUGUGGCAUCCAGUUCCAGUUCUACAACAACCUGCUGGAGCACAUGCAGUCCCACGCUGCCGACAAUGAGAACCACACCAAAGGGGACUCUCCCAAAACCACCUCAACCUCCGGUCCUCAAGAGCAGUUGUGGAGAGGUGCUCAGGCUCAGGCUCAGGCUCAGGCUCAGGCCCAGGCCCAGGCCCAGGCCCAGGUCCAGGUCCAGGCCCAUUCCUCAGUUAAACUACAAAUUCAGCCUCAAAAUAUCUCCCAGAGAAACCACACCCUCAGCCAAAAUAACGGACUACCUGAGAAGGAGCGACAGCAGGUGGCUGAGCGUCUCUUACGGGUAAUGUGCUCAGAUCUGAGCAUGCUUAACGUGCUCAAUAGCAAGGACUUCCUGAAGUUGGCACAAACCCUAGUGGAUACGGGUGCUCGUCAUGGUGCCUACUCCACCCGUGAUGCAUUUGGCAACAUGAGUGCCUUGGCACUGCGUCAGCUGCCCCGCAUGUACAACCAAGUCAAAGUCAAAGUCACAUGUGCUCUAGGUUCCAAUGCUUCACUUGGCAUUGCUGUUACCUGCCACUCCCAGACAGCAGGCCCAGAUGCUUGCUAUGUUCUAACAGCCUACCAGGUUGAGGGCUCGAGACUGAAGCGCUACGUGCUUGGUGUGAGGGAGGCUGAGCUGAGGGAAGGGCCUGAACAGGUUCACCACUGGGUGCAGAAUGUGCUGUCUGAGUUUGUGAUGUCAGACAUUCGCACUGUGUAUGUCUCGGAGCCAAGAGUUUGGGCAGCAGGAUUUGCGGGAUCACCACUUGGUGGUGGCGGCCGGGGCAGGAUAUGCUUGCGAUGCGCAGGGUGUUCACUCGGUGCAGUUGUCCAGGCUGUGCUGGGGAAACGUAGCCUCCAGGCCCGAGGUCUUCAUGAGUUGGCUGAGCUUCUCUCAACGUGCCGAGAUAUCGCCUCCUCCUCCACGCUGGCCCUUCGUGAGGACCAGUGCACCAACACAUCUGCAAGCACAACAGAGGAAGGUACACAGGGCAUCCCUGCACAGUGCCCCACCCCUCCUUGCUGGGAUCGUAUGGCCGAAGCUCUUCUGCAGGUCCAUGCCCACUUUGAACAGAUUUGUGAGGCUUAUGGACGCAGUAAGUCCACGGCUCCAGUCCUCCAGGGUCUCAACAAGCAUCUGCUAGGGACAUUGGCUUGUCUGCUGGCCCCUCUGCGCCUGGCAGCUCUCGAGCUGAGCAGUCAGAGGAGACCAACUUUACAGCAGGUGCUGCCCGUCUACCUACGCUUGGAGAAGUUUUUCACGUCCAAAGCUGGAGAGGCUGGAACCGGCACGGCUAGCAAACUCUGCCACUACUUCCUGGAAGCACUUAAAGAAAAUUUCAAGGUUGAACGAGCUCACCAGGUAGCCAUGGUUCUGGACCCACAGCUCAAGCUGCGUUCAGUGCCAGCGUACCAGCAUGAAGACAUAAUCUCUCGUGCUUGCGAAAUGGCUGCUGAAUCCAGGGAUGGAGGUAUGACUGGUGGCGGCAGUUCAGGUGGUGACGAACGAGACACCGAUGGCCCACCAACCCCUAAAAUAAGCCGCAUAGAGGGAGCGGGAAACACUGGUGGCCCUUCAAGGGGGAGCUCCUCAUCUGCAGUGUCUGGUAACGAUGAGAGUCAGAGCCAAAUAAGACAAGAGAUUUUUCAGUACCUGGCUGAGCCUCUUCUCCAAGGCACACCUGACCUUUUCCAGUACUGGAGUUCAGCAGUGGGCGAGAAGUUUCCCAGGCUUGCUCGCCUUGCAUUGUGGCUCCUUGCUGUGCCUGCUGUGGGCAUACGCAGCGAGUGUGUGACUGUGUGCGAGCAGAGCUUGGCUAUGAAGAGGAGGCAGCAGGUAACCGUUGAAGAGAUGAACAAACUCAUUUUCCUUCGCUCCAACAUGGGCUAGGAGAGAAACACAACCAACCCUAACCAACCAAACCUUCACCUCCAACCAAUGACUUAAGACUAUUAUUUAUAUACUGUAGGUUUAGUCCAACUGUAAACUUAAAUGUGUAUGGACAUAAAUACUUCUCAAGACAGAUAUUUACAGGAAACUCACAAUGUACAGGUUGCAAACACCCAUAAAACAAUACUGCUUAUUACAUAUUUUAUACGGAGAAGGGACUGUUGAAAAGUACUGUGGACAAAAUGUAGGGGUGGAACGGUAACUCUCAAAAGAUUGUCCUGUUUGGUACGCCCCCCUCGGUAUAGGAUGCACAUGAGCAGGAUGAAUUCCAGUCCUUAUCCCAGCCAGUGAUUUGAAUUACUCCAGCCUAAUGACUAAACUGCUAAAAGGCUGUAAUGCUGUUAUUCUCACUGGAUGGCAACAUUUUCAGGUAAAGUCAGCUUUCACUGCUUGAAACUACUGUCAUAGACCUCUGAAAACAAUAGAGAUAUACUGUAUAGCAGCCAGUACUGCAGCAUGUACAGUACGACAGAAAAAAAGAUCAUUUUCAUUGGUAUAUGACAAGAAAUUGAAGUGGUGAAUCCUCACUGCCAUUGCACCUCUGACAAAUAAGUGAACCAGGUUCAUGAUUUACUAUCAUGUCACUGAAACAUAUAUUUUUAACAUAUUCAGCCACGGGAGAUGGUCAGGCAACUGAGAGCAAAAUCAUUGCAGCUAAUCUGAUGGUUGCUUCACUGGCCUAAAAAUGUAGCUGUGGAUCAUUUGCAUGCACUGUGCUGCAUGUAUUUUUAUUUAAAGUGGUAAAAAAAGCAGCCGAUAAAACAUUCAUGAUAAUAUGCUUUCCUUUUUGUUUGUUACAAAUUGUUAAAAAAAAGAAAAAGGAAAAAAAAAGGAAUCUAAUGAUUUAUUUUCUUUCUAAAAUUAAGUUGAGGUCUUAUGCUGCUAGAUGCAAAUCAAAUGGUUAGAUUUGCAGUGAAGGGCCAGUAACAUGAAGCUAACUUGAAUAAUAAUCAGGCUUUUGGUUGAGAUUUCCCCCAAAAAAUAUUUGUUUUGUUUUUUGCACAAAAAGUAAAGCAUCAUAUUAAACUAUAACUGUAACUGUACUAUACUGUAGCUUGAUUACACCAACAGGAAAUUAAAUGUUGGAUUAGGUAAAUCCUUUAAUUUGUGAUGCUGCAACUCAGUUUUUAUGUCCGUAUCUACACAAUAAUGACAUGUAGAGGCCAUUUUGUCUGGCUUAUUGAUAGUUUGCAGUGCUGGUAAUUCAGGAACGUUACAUCAGUCAGCUCUGCAAAAAGAGAUACCUACAAGUAUAAGUUGCCCUCAGAUAAACAGCAGUAAUGUUUUUAGCCAUCAGUUUGGUAAGCUUGUAGGCAAGGAUUUAAUUCAUAAUUGCAUAAAUCCUUGUGUGGUGGCCCACUGUGUACAUGCAUAUAUGUAUCUUCAUUGGAACUUAUUAUUUUAUUUAUUCUUUCCUCAUUCUAAUAUAAACAUCGUCUUCCUUAUGUAAGCUACAAUUUUCCAUUUUUAAGGCAAUAAGCUUUAUCCUCGGGCAUAGUUUCCAACUUUAUCUGCUACAUAUGACUGUUCUCAUGACGCACCUACAGUUUAUUAUUAAUAGUAAAUUAUUUUCUGUUUGUGAAAUCAAUGGGAUUUUCUCAGGAAUGAGUGCACCCACGCAGGCACCGCCACUUUUUUCCUCACUGUACCGAAAAACACACCAAACUGUGACCUCAAUGCCGAGGUAUGUACUGAACCGUGACUUUUGUGAAACGUUCCACCCCAAAUACAGUUAGUGCCAUUUGCAACAAGCAAACAAAAAAUGGAUCACUGAGGGUUUAAUUUUUUUUCAGGAUGCAGCAAACUCUGCCAGUACAUUCACUCAGUCAACACAUGCAUACUAAUGAAGUUAUUUAUUUUUUUAUGGAUUCUAGUAUACAUUUACUUGAGCCGAUACCUCUUAAAAUGACUUGGAUGAAUGGAAGUUAUACUGUAAAUGUGUUUGUUGCAUUUGGCACUAACUAGUCAAGUACUAGUUUGUCAUCUCUGUUUUUGGGCCUUAAGUCUCUUUCAUGCGACCACAUUAAACCCUACAGUCAGAGCCAACAUCAUGCCUUUUUAUUGCUGUUAAAUGGCCUUCUUUUCACCAUCUUUUCUAAAGCUUGUAGUUUUUUUUUUUUUUUUUUUUCCUUGGUCCUUUUUUACUCAUGUAACUUAAUUGGACUUUGGCUGAUGGUUGAAAACAGUGUCCUCUAGUGGUCAAAUGUAGACCUGGUAUUUGACAAGUGCUUUAUUCCAAAGUUUUCAAAAGGUUGAACUUCUCGAGCAUGCAUGCUUUUUGUAGUAAAUUCUUGUUUUAUAAAAACAAGUCAGGAAUUAUUUUAACAACAACUUCAACAACACACCCAAGCACAAGUAUCCACUGUAUAAACUUACACUGAAAAGACUCCGUAGUAGAUUAACAAAAUCACAUUAGCAGGUCUAUAUUGGAGGCAGUACCAGAGCAGGAAGAUAUAUCAAUACAGAUAUUGUGGUACAAAACUCUUUUCUUGUUUAUCAUAAUAUUUGUGGUGCAGCUUAAAAUAAAUAUUUUGGAUCCUAAAGCAUGCAGUACAGUUAAAUGCUCCACAUAAAUGAACAGGGAAUGUCUCCACCUGCUUGGCCAGAACAGUGUUUUUUUUUUUGUUGUUGUUUUUUUUUUGCCAGAGGCUGCAUCAUCUACUCCUUAUUCCAAUAUUAAACAGUAAUAGUGAUAACUGAAAAUAUAUUCCCAUUAUCAACAGCAAAAGACAUUUUUUUCGUGUUUUAUCAUGUUUCUCAGCAUUAAGCCCCAGAGGUACAGUCACCUUACAUUUCUGCCCAACACACAUUUACUCAGUCUCCUGUUUAUUUCAGCUGAAGUGUGUAUGGUGGACACGGGUUAGAGUUCACCUUUUGUUCGAUUUUGACCUCACUUGGAAAGUCACUCUUGUAGCCCUGUGGCAAUUUUAACGUAAGGCUAAUGUGACUGUACCUUUUUAUGUUUAUGUUUAGGUUAUAAGGACACAGGAAGUAGGAAGUCAGUACACUGCACAUGGGAAAUUAUAGGGCAUCUGAGUGAAUGGUCUAGUGUAAAGCUAAGAACAGAACAUGGUUCUCUCUAGAAUGAGAAACUUUUAGUCUACCUGAAUACAGUUGUCAGUUUUCAUAUGAUUCAAAUAUUUGUAUCAGAAAUGCAUAAAAGGUCAAAAAUGCUUGUCAGUCAAUCAAAUGUGAAUGGCUCUGCAUUGCAAACUGUUUCACAACUACAGAAGAUGUUUUUAACAGACUCCUUACCUCCAAUUACUGCUUUUGAUUUCAGUGUUUCAUAAAUGUUUUUCUCUCCUUUUUAAAGAGUAACUUAACACCAGCACUGUUUUGCCGCCCUCUCUGGUUGAAGGUUUUCAAGGCUGUUUUCACUGGUCAGAAAUGUGCACUGUUGCACCUGUAACCACACCCAGCAGUGAUGUCAUGGGGUCUUGGAGUACACCUGUAUAUCACGGCAGCCAGGUGAGAAGUUAAACCAGUGGAGGUCAGCAAUGACUACAUUUUCAGGGGGUGUUAAGUUACAAUAUAAUGGUUUCUUAAUGUCUGAUUUUUUUGUUGAAAGGAAUUAUUAUGUUUGAGUUGAUUUGGCAAUCAAACCUCUGAACAGUCAAUCUGUUUUUCCUCUGUAUAUCUUGGAGACUUGAUUCAGUGUAACCAAGACAUACAUUUUUCUUUUCAUCGUGAUAAUUUUCAUUCCUGAAAUCAAUAUGUAUACUGCUGUUUUCAAACUGAUUUAUGUCAUACAUUUAUAUUUUGGUAAAAACAGAAAAUUGCUGUAAAUUAUAUUUUAAAUUUAAUUUUCUAAGUACCAAUCCAAUGUUUUACCUCAGUACUCAGAAGGUAAUAUUGUAACUUAAAAAUUGGAAAUCAGCUGUUCAUACAAUAUCUAGCUUUGGUCAGAAAUCUAGUCAAAAUACUGUAGAUUGGUUUGCGGUUUUAGCAGUGAUCCUUGAUUGAACUGAUGAAGGGAUUUUUCUUACAGUUUUUAAAUAAGUAUUUUAAAUAGAAUAUGCUCUGGGACAAAAUGCCAUUGUUGACGUGAUGAUGUCAACUUGAUUUUACUUAGAAAUAGCGUUCCUUUUGUUGAUUAAAUGAAAAUUAUAUCUAAGAUAUGCAUGCUUUUAAUAAGAGUACUCAUAUAUAAAGUUAGAGCCAACAUGAUUCACUUGCAUCUGAUGACAAACACUGGCGUUUGAGUAGACGUUACCUUAAAACACUCUUAUCAAGAGUCAGAUGAGCAACCCGGUAUGAAUUUGAACCUUUUUCAAGGUGAGAGUAGCGAUGCUGAUCAUAGGUUGGUGUUUAUGGGUUGACAUCAUCCAUUUUCAGAGGAUGUUUUAUGUAAAUACAAGAGAACUGCUGUUUUUAUGCCACAAGGGGGAGCCUUCAUUUCAGAGAUACAGUAGGGAACACCAAUAACAUUAUACCUCUAUUUUCUACAGUAGCAUUUCAAAAGGUUUUGAUAUAAUAGAAAACUCAACUUAGAUACUGUUAUUAGAAAAUUGAAAUCAGCUGUAAGUUUUAUUUUGUUUCAGGAUUUUAACUUAUUCAGAUAAUAAUUGUACAAAUAUGGUAUAAGAAUGCUAACAUGGAGAUCUGUUCUGUUUAACUAUGGAUUAUAGUCGGUAUUAUCAAUUCAGGUUAAGAAUUUAGUGUUGCUUUCAUCCUAUUUUACAGGCAUUACUUCCUUUUAUACUCUGCUAAAAUGCAAAAAAAUGUGUUUGAUUCUAUUCUUUUUUAUUGCACUUUGGCAGCAGAUUCCUGUGUAGCUUCCAAUCUGAGUUGUCUUAUUAGUAAGCCUAAUUUAUACUUUUGUAGCAACACUAUUUUUAUAUAAUGGCAAAGAAAGGGUUCAGUGUCUUUUUUUCUUCUUCUUUUUUUUUCCUGUGUCAUAUGUGGCAGCGCUGUUCAAUGUUUCUUGAAUACAUUACCCACUGUAGUAUGUGAUGUGUGAAUAAACUCCAAAUCUGUCAAA